AAAAUUGGAUCAAUAUGAUGACCAAAAAACUUUCAAUACAAAGCCUCAAAAUUUCGAUUUUCUUGGUGUUCGUAUGGUGGGCGGCGCCGGUAGCCGCCACUCCGCCGGAGGAACCCAUCCGGUGCGGCGGCGGCGGCGCAAAUUGCACCAUCACGAAUUCGAUCGGCGUAUUCCCCGAUCGGAGCAUCUGCCGCGCCGCCAGCGCCGUGUACCCUUCGUCGGAGGCGGAGCUUGUAGCGGCGGUGGCGACGGCCGUCGCCGCCGGCCGGAAAAUGAAAGUGGCGACACGGUACUCCCACAGCAUCCCAAAACUGGUCUGUCCCGACGGCGACGACGGAGUGCUGAUCAGCACCAAGAACCUUAACGCCGUCGUCGGCGUCGACGCGGCGGCGAUGACGAUGACGGUGGAGAGUGGGGUUACUCUGAAGCAGCUGAUCGGCGCGGCGGCGGACGCCGGCAUGGCGGUGCCGUACGCGCCGUACUGGUGGGGCCUGACGGUGGGGGGCCUGCUCGGCACCGGCGCCCACGGCAGCUCCCUGUGGGGGGCCGGGAGUCAGGUGCACGAUUACGUCGCCGGACUGAGGAUCGUGACGGCGGCCGGCGCCGGCGACGGUUAUGCAAAAAUUAGGGUUUUGGAAAAUGGGAAUCCCGAGCUCGAUGCAGCUAAGGUUUCUUUGGGAGUUUUGGGUGUUAUUUCACAGGUCACGUUAAAAUUGCAACCAAUGUUCAAACGUUCUUUGAGGUACGUUACGAGAAAUGAUUCCGAUUUAGGCGACUUGGCCGGAAGCUUCGGGAGAUUACAUGAAUUUGCAGACUUGAUUUGGCAUCCGAGUGAGAGGCGCGUUGUGUGUCGCAAUGAUGACCGUGUCUCCCUCAACACGGCCGGCAAUGGACUCUAUGAUUUUUAUGGCUUUCGUUCCACAACCCAACUUGUUGUGUCCGCAUUAAGAACUCAAGAGGAGACACAAGAAUCCCUCGGCGACGCUGAUGGAAAAUGCAUAAACGGGAGGCUUACUUCUUUUGCUUUAACGACUUUGGCUUAUGGACUCACCAACAAUGGAGCUAUAUUCACGGGCUAUCCGGUGAUCGGCUACCAAAAUCGGAUGCAAGCAUCGGGAUCGUGCCUUGACAGCCCCAACGAUGGAAGGGCAACGGUGUGCCCAUGGGACUACCGUGUCAAGGGUCUCUACUAUCACCAAACCACAUUUAGCAUCGCCUUGUCUGUUGUUAAAAAUUUCAUCACCGAUGUGCAGAAGCUCGUCGCUCUAUACCCAAAGUCUUUGUGUGGUCUCGACUUGUACAAUGGGAUUCUCAUGAGGUAUGUGACCGCCUCCACGGCCUACUUUGGAAAGCAAGAAGAGGCGCUCGACUUUGACAUCACGUACUAUAGAAGCAAGGACCCUCAAACGCCGAGGCUUUUUGAGGACAUCUUGGAGGAAAUUGAGCAGAUGGCAAUAUUCAAGUACCGGGCAUUGCCACAUUGGGGGAAGAAUCGGAAUGUGGCAUUUAUUGGGGCAAUCGACAAGUACAAAAAUGCGAAUAAAUUUUUGAAGAUUAAGACAAUGUAUGAUCCACAAGGUUUGUUUUCGAGUGAUUGGACCGAUCAAAUUCUUGGACUAAAAGAUGGCUUGAUCAUUGAGAAGGAUGGAUGCGCCCUCGAAGGGCUAUGUAUUUGUAAGGAAGAUGCGCAUUGCGCGCCUCGGAAGGGUUACUUGUGUCGACCGGGUAAAAUUUACAAAGAAGCAAGAGUUUGUACCAAAGUUUAAGUGUCUAGAAUGUAUGCUUUAUUUGUAAGAACCUUACUUGGUCAUGUACAUUGAUAUCGUAAUAGCUCAAAGAAUAUUAGUAGAUAGUAUAGACAAACACACAUUAGAAAAUUUAAUUGACAAUAUGAACCAA